AGUCGUUCACCUGCCAUGUACCGCGCGUGCCUCCUGCUGCUCCUGAUUGCCGCCGGCAAUUCCCAUUCGGAAACUUUCCUUAACUCGACGGCUCCGUCCAGAGCAAAGAGAUUCGCCAUUUUCCCUAAAAACGCCAGAAAUGGAAUUCGUGUCAAUUUCAAACACAACCGUGUAACGCCGAUCACCACAAUCUUGGCCUACUCGGACGGAAUGCGACUCCAGUGGGAUCUUCCGACCAAAGUUUCUGAUUAUCGCAAGGGCAGAGCCAUCCAGCGAAGGGACUUACUGGAGGUCAUUGACCUUGUGAUGUCAGGGCACGGUCUUGACGGAGGUGCUUGCGUGAUGAGGGCGCUCUGCGAAGCUGCAACUUUGCCUUUUCCAGCCGCUGGCCUUAUAAGCAAAAUUUUACACAGAAUUUUCUCAGUACCUGAUGAUGAAAUUCCCCAUCUUGGGACGUAUGCCGAAAAUUACAACUCAAGCUGUGCGCGCCAAUUUGCUCCAAAAUGCCCAUUUUCGUUGUUUUCCCACAGAAUGUCAAAAUAA